AAGCAGCAAGAGAGCAUGGAAUGGAUGGGGGUUUGAAAAAAUCAAGGGGAAGGUGCUAUAAAUUGGGAGGUUGCUGUUUUUUUGGUCUUGACUUUGGUUUUGAGUUGAAUGCAGAUUGGUGGUUAAGAAUGCAGUGGAGAAGAGAUAAUGUGACCUCAGUAGAGUUGCCAUCCAAACCAUUGAGAAGGAGAUUUUUGUUAGUUCUAAUGACAAGCUGCCAAGUGAAAGAUAUACCAACACUUGCCGAUUGCCAUUGGCUAUCCUCUCAGUUUACGAAAAGAAAAAAUUGGGGAAAAAUGAGCCCAAGGAACUCCAAUAAGUCCAAGUCUUGAGCUUAAAGAGACAACCAAGCCAAGCUGAACAUGUUGCAAGCAUCUCCUGAGCUUUCAUGCUAUUGCCUAGAGCACUUAAAAAAAAAAAAAAAAACUUGAAACUAAUUUGAAACCAGAGGUGGGAAUAUAGAGGUCAGUGCAGGCCCAACUCGGCGUCCACGGACAUAAUUAAUAUUCAUAAAAAAUGUGCGUAAUUUCGCUUUGAUGUGAUUUACGGGAGUGUGUAGUUUUUUUUUAGGUUUUAUGUGUAAUGUAGCAGGCAAAAGGACGGUCCUUGGGGGAGGAACAACCGGCCCAGACCCAAUCCCUCCCUGGUUCAGUCCGAUCCCGUCAAGGACUGGUCUUUGAACCGAUUUUGCAGGCCCGCCCAUGGUCUCUUAAUCUACUCUAUUUGUAACACACUCGUCAAUGUUAAGAUUAAAGUAUACUGCUCCUGUUUACGAAAAGAAAAAAGGCAAGCUCUUCUAGCAUUGCAAGGCUUGUAAGAUAGCAAACUGAAGGGAAUUUAGAGUUCUACUUCUUACCAAGGCCGAUAAAGAAAAGA